CUGCAAUCUUCCGCCGCGCCUUGGAUGGAAGACCACUUGCAUUCGUUCGUGUGUCCCAUCACCCACGACGUGAUGGAGGACCCUGUCGUGGCGUGCGACGGACACUCGUACGAGCGGGCGAGCAUCUCCAUGUGGUUCCGCGAUAACAACACGAGUCCCAUCACCAACGCGUCAGUGCACCACAAGCACCUGAUCCCGAACCACACGUUGAAGAAAGCGAUCAAUGAGUUCCGCGAGAGAUUUGCCCCCUUCUUCGACACCGAGUCAUCCACCGCAGCCCUUCCAUCUGGUCAGGUCCUUCCCAUGCUGGAGGCGCUCCCCGAACGCGGAACGUUCCUCUACAUCGUGGUACACCAACCCAUGCCGGUAUACGUCGCACCGAGCUUCAUCACGGCGCAAUCAACCAUGCUUCUCGUCGACACCAUCGUCCUGGGCAAAGAACGCCUGUAUGGCGAAGACAAUGUGAUUUUCGUGGAAUUGUCGGGCCAUCACGAAGGCCAGUAUGUCCACGAGUGUACCCGCGACGGCAGUCCAUGUUUACAGCGCCUUGAAGUGACAGAAACCUCGUUGGCGUUCAUGGUAACGUCCCCCGCGCCGUUGAGUCUGUGGCCGUCCCAUGCCGUGCCCUCCAGCACCCUCUACAAAGCGUACCCGUACGACGUGGUGUCCAUCGAAGCGACCAUACGCGAUCUCAACGGUCGCAUGUACGGCCGCUUGGAGCAGUCUAAGCUGUGGGCAUGUCUCGACCGCAGACACUUUACCGAGCUGGACAUUGAGUUCACCCCCGAGCUGUACCUGCUAAAACAAGAGACCGAACUGCGCAGCAACGCCAACCGCACCAACCUCGGCGUUCCUCUCCUGGCACUCCCUGCCUAUUCGAUCGUCGAGAGCGACGCCAUGUUUAUGCUAAGGGCCGACGACUCGCCAUCGUCGUCAACGUCUAUCUAUGUCCGCACGACGGCAUCGCAUGGCGGUGGUUUCGUCCGCGGGUGGGUUGCAUUGCCCAGCUCGCUGUCGAUGCACGCGCCGCCGCCGCGCCUCGCGGAAGGUCCCGCCGGGAAGCACAUUCAAUUGGUGCUGCAACAAGCAGGCGCAGUGGCACUUGUGCUGGAUGAAGUCCAAGAGUCUGGCGACGUUAGCCAGCGCCUGAUCACUCGGAACUUGCCUCGGCGGUUCGAGCGGCAGCUGCUGAAUUGUGUGCAGAGGGGACGGCGCAUCCAUCGGAUGGCGCUGGGGCCGCGGGGGGAAUGGUAUUGCAGUGGCGCUAGGCCGGACGGAAGUGGCGAGUGCUGCUGGGCCAGCGGCGACCUCCCCGCCCGCUUCCAUGCCGAUAUGCAGCCGAAUUCGCUCGUUUCAUUUGGCGGCGAUAACGAAUACGCGAUGGUGCUGGGCACUGGCGGCGUCAGUUCGAGCAACGUCUCGACUAAGUUGCUGCAGAACUUGACCAAAGCUAGACGCGUACACAUGAUGCUCUUGGCGCGGUACGGCGGGUACGUGAUAAAGGACAACGUCGGCAUGGACUUAAGCUGCUUGGAUCCGGCUUUUGAAGUUGCGUUGAAGACGCCGCCGCGCGGAGCUGGCCAGGUGUGCUCGGGUACGUCAAGGGCUUACUACUUGCGGCGGAUGGGAGAGUGGAUUGUUGGGAAUGUGAUGUAUAUAUAUAUAUAUAUAUUUGGAAGGUGAUAUAUAUAUAUGUAGCUGCGUACAGUGAGGACGACUACGUGGUGGUAUUUGAACAUACAUAUGUCGCGACUGCCGGCAUCUCGGCCAACAUUGUGGACGCCCUCGAAAGGUUUUACACGAGACAUCUCGCCCUUCGGAACAAGCGGCGCCUACUCAUUGCCGACUACGAAAGACGGUGGCACGAAAUACAUGCAGACUACUAGCCUGGCAGUGAUGCCGACAUAUAAAUUUCUAUUUUCUAACAAUCGAUUUGGACCAAUUAGGCAAAUAAAUUUAAGACUGUCCUAGCCAAUCACAUUACAUUACAC